AGGAUUUACCCUACUAUUUGGAAAUACCGAUGUAACCGUAACAUCAGAUUCGGUUUUAGGUUUGAAUACAAGCAGGCGUGCGAUGUUGCAGCGCAAUUCAAUUGUAUAAGCGAAGUGUAAAUUUUUUUCAUUGAUUCUUUGAAGUAUUUAUGUUCCUUUAAAACAAUGGAUUUAUAAUCACAACUUCUCACUAUAGUUCUUCCCCUUUGAAUAAUUUUUGACUGUGCAAACACUUUAUACUUUAGUAUUUUUUAAAAAAAGUGUUUACCAUGGCUCCCAUUCCAGAAUUAGUGCAAGAAGUUAAUAACUAUAUUAAUAAUAAUAAUGUGAUGAUAUUUAGUAAAACUACUUGUCCAUUCUGUAACAAAGUUAAAGCAUUAAUUAGUUCAUUGGGAGUCCAGUUCACUGCUUUAGAAUUGGAUACAUUAGAAAAUGGACCUGAGCUGCAAAAAGCAAUGGCAGCAAAAGUUGGAAGAUCAACUGUUCCCCAGGUUUUUAUUCGUGGGCAGCACGUUGGAGGUUGUGAUGAUACUUUUGCAGCACAUUGCAGUGGUAAACUACAGGAGAUGCUGUUUCGCGAAGAAGAGAAAUAUGAUUAUGAUUUGAUUGUUAUUGGAGGUGGUUCUGGAGGAUUAGCUGCUUCAAAGGAAGCUGCCAGACUUGGGAAAAAAGUAGCAGUUCUCGAUUUCGUUACUCCUACACCAGUUGGCACAACUUGGGGUCUUGGUGGAACUUGCGUUAAUGUUGGUUGCAUUCCAAAAAAAUUAAUGCAUCAAGCAGCUAUCUUAGGCCAGUCAAUUAAAGAUGCAAAGAGUUACGGUUGGAGUUAUGAAGAUAAAGUGGAGCAUAAUUGGGUUGUUAUGCGUGAAAAUGUACAGAAUUACAUUGGCUCCUUAAAUUGGAAUUAUAAAGUUCAAUUGAGAACAGAACAAGUCAAGUAUAUUAAUGCUUAUGGUCAAUUUGUAGAAGACCAUAAAAUUAAGGCAGUGGAUAAGAAAGGAAAAGAAACUUUAAUGUCCUCCAAGCACUUUAUUAUAGCCACUGGAGAACGUCCUAGGUAUCCAGAUAUUGAAGGGGCUAAAGAAUAUGGUAUUACUAGUGACGAUGUUUUUUCUCUUGAGAAGUCACCUGGUAAAACUCUUGUUAUUGGAGCUUCUUAUGUUGCUCUAGAAUGUGCUGGAUUCUUAAAAGGCAUUGGCUUGGAUGUAACAGUCAUGGUCCGCUCCAUAUUGCUUCGUGGUUUUGAUCAAGAUAUGGCUGAAAGAAUUGGAAGCUAUAUGCAAUCUGAAGGCAUAAAUUUCAUUCGCCCUUGUGUUCCUAAAAAGGUGGAAAAAAUUGAAUCGGGAGAACACAAAUUGAAAGUAACUGGGAUCAUGCAGUCAGGGGAAGAAGUUGUUGGAGAAUAUGAUACUGUACUGUUUGCAAUAGGUAGAGAUGCUUGUACCAAUAAUAUAGGAUUAGACAAAGUGGGUGUCCAAAUUAAUACCAAAAAUGGUAAAUUGCCUGUUGUGAAUGAACAAACAAAUGUUCCUUACAUAUAUGCCAUUGGAGAUGUACUGGAAGGAAAACCUGAAUUAACACCGGUUGCCAUUGAAGCCGGUCAGUUAUUAGCUCGACGACUAUAUGCAGAUAGUGUUAUUCAGUGUGAUUAUGAUUUCAUUCCAACUACUGUUUUCACUCCAUUGGAAUAUGGCAGUAUUGGAUAUUCUGAGGAAAAUGCUAUUGAAAAAUAUGGUGAAGAUCAAAUAGAGAUUUAUCAUUCAAAUAUUACACCACUAGAAUGGACUAUUGCAAAACGGGAAACUAAUGCAUGCUAUGUAAAGCUGAUAUGUCUUAUACCUGAGAAGGAAAGGGUUAUUGGCUUUCACUAUUUGGGUCCCAAUGCUGGAGAAGUAACUCAAGGUUUUGCACUUGGUAUAAAACUGGGUGCAACUAAAGCUGAUUUUGAUGCUACUAUUGGUAUCCAUCCAACUUGUGCUGAGAUAUUUACAACAUUAUCUGUAACGAAAAGGUCUGGAAAAUCGACUGAACAAUCUGGUUGCUGAGGUUAAAUCCUGCUGUUGCCUUUAAAAGGAAUGCAAUCUCCAGAAUAUAUCUGUAAAAACCCAUACAUAUUUAUAAUAUUUCUAAGUUAAUUAAUAUUUAAAACUUAAUCAUUUGUUAAGAAACAAUUUUACAUGCAUAUGUUAAAUGUUCUGGAGGUAUUCAUUCUGUGGCAACAGUAGGGGAUUUGUUUGAAGCAAACUAAUAAGCUCCUGGCCUAAACUUAUAUGAUGGCUUUUCUGUAAGCCACGUCUGUGGACAGAGAAGACCGGAUGAUUCCAGAGAGACUUAUUAGCUAAUUUCUUUAGCACACCAUCAUUUCAUUAUUUCUGAGAAAAAUUCUUCAGUUAUUUAGAACAAAGUUCUAUGACAAGGCAAAGAAAUUAUAUGUGAAAAUAAAAGUGCACAGCAAUGUAUUAAUUGUCAAUAUUUUUCUCCUAUUCUAAACUGUUUGUUAGAUGUUCAUUUAAAAAAAAUAUUUGCUUGUUAAAAUCCAUUGAAGAGCUUCUUAAGAAGUAUUUUUUUACAAUUGUUCAUAUAUUCAUAAUUCUUCAGUAAACAGUGGUUGAAUGUUAACUUCAAUUUAAUAAAUUAUCUUUUCAAUUUUUA